AUGGCGGCGAAGAAUGCAAUCUCAGUCGCGCACUUUGCCGAGCACUUCCGCUUGGCAUGGUCGGGGGUAAGAGGAAUCGUUCCCCAUGGCCGUAAAAGCGCCACGGGAGAUGUCGUUCAAUUACCACAACGGAUCGGUCUUGCCGUUAGUGGUGGUGCCGAUUCUAUGGCCCUUGCGUACCUGGCCCGGCAGCUGGAAUUAACACCUAUCAGUGGUCCCAUUUCCGUUACUGCCUUUGUAGUCGAUCAUCGCGCCCGACCCGAGAGUGGCGAUGAAGCCAAAACCGUGAGCUCAUGGUUGACGGACAUGGGUAUCGAUACUCAAAUUUUAAAAUUAGAUUGGUCUCAAUUUUCAAAUAAUCUGGACAGUUCUGCCCAAAAUAAUGCAAAGAUAUCAAUGCCGACUGCCUUUGAAACACAUGCUCGCCGGCUACGAUAUCAAGCCCUUGGCACGGCCUGUCGAAAGAAAGGGAUCGAUGCCCUACUAAUGGGCCACCAUAGAGAUGACUCUAUUGAGACAACCAUCUGGCGUCUAGCCACAGGUGGUCGUCGUGCAGGCCUGGGUGGCAUUCAAAGCAUAGCUCGGAUUCCCGAGUGUCACGGGCUCUUUGGAGUCUCUGAAAGCGGCUCAUCGGUCCGGUUACCAGAGCCCAAAAUCGUCACUUCUCAAUCUACAGAAAAAUCCGCAGUGCCAUCGGCCCGGUCUUCUCAAAAGGGAACCCGCUCGGCUUCAAAAAAUCCGGCCAUUGCAACAGGUGGAAUCUUCCUCUGCCGGCCUCUUAUCUCCUUUUCCAAAGUCCGUCUCUUGGAGACAUGCCACCAGAACAACAUUCCCUACGUCUCAGACCCAACUAAUUUCGACCCUACAUUAACCCCUCGGAACGCCAUUCGCAGCAUGCUGGCAUCUAACUCUCUACCUCGCGCACUUCAGGGUCCCCGGAUCCUCUCCCUAAUUCGCUCCAGCCGCGAUCUUCUACAGGUAUCAUCAAGCCUGUCAGAUCAGCUCCUAUCAUCUCGUUGUCGUAUUCUCGAUAUCAACCUCAGAACGGGCACGAUGACCGUGCAGUUCAGGCAAAUCCCACCAUGGAUGGAUCCAAUGCUGGCACAAACAUCCCCCGAACGAGCCCAGCAAAUUCAGGCCCUAACACUUCGGCGCAUAACGGAACUCGUCUCCCCUUUUCCAGGAAACCACUUCUCACUGCGCAGCUUUGAGCCAUUUGUCUCUCGCAUUUUUGGCCCAGUCGACGAGAGACAUGUCCAAAAGGACACUGCACCUAAGCAGUUCACAUUAGGCGGUGUCAUGUUCACACCUGUGCCUUCGUCGCCUACGCAGUCACCGUCUGGCGGCAAUACGUGGCUUUUUUCACGGCAGCCAUUCAUGAAAAACCGAUCACCGGUCACAUCUAUGGAGAUUCCCAUGCCGACGCCGAAAGAGCUAGCCACUGAUUCCCGGCCUAGAUACUCCCAGUGGACACUCUGGGAUGACCGAUACUGGCUUCGACUGUCUAUAACACCUCAAGGGAGACAUCGAGCUGAGUCCAUAAGCGCGGGAUCCAAAGACAGCGUUUCUUUCACUAUACGACCUCUCCAAGAACCCGAUUUCCAAACUAUGCGCAAUGAACCAGUUAGCAAAGGGCGUAAGAACAUUGCUCCUGCACUUCUGCUGACUCAGUUGCGCAAAUUAUUGUCCGCUCAGGCCCCAGGUCCGGCGCGCUUUACACUUCCUGUUUUAUUACAAAAUAUGGAUAGUCCUAUAUUACCAGAGACACAAGAAGGCAACAAGCUACUGGCAUUGCCAGUACUUGGAUUUCCUUUGUCGGGUGUUCGACGUAAGGAAAAUAUUGCCAAUGAGGUGGAGAUUAUUGCAGGAGGCAGGACAUGGGUAUUGAACUGGGAGUGGAUGUACAAGAUGCUUGAUACUGAUGCAUUGCGCCUUAUGGGUAGGCCAGUGGAAGCUAAAGCAGCUAGUGUACAAUAA